GCAAAUCGUAACUCGUUUGCAAACGCGGCAGUCUUCUUCGGGAUGUCGGCAAAAUCGUGUUGAUUUUCGUGAGUGCUUGAUAAUUUCGUGAACGAAGUAUCAGUAAGGUUUGCACGUAAAUGUUUGUGUUGUGUGUUUGUGAAAUUUUAAAAUUAGUUUUUUAAUGGAUUACCGUUCGUCAGUUUGAUAACGUAUGUCGAAACAUGGGGAGCGCAGGCAACAAUACCACAUUAUAUGAAAUUUUGUCUACCGAACUUACGAGUUUACUUCAAAGAGACACAUUGAUUACAGAUAUAUGGUCCAUACACAAAUGCUUAGAGCGCAAAAUAAUUAAUGAAACGUCGAACGAAGAACUAACAAAUAGAAUAUUUAUCAACAAUGGAACCCAGAUAAUGUGCUUGGAACACGCUCCUAUCCUGACAAAGAGCACCGUAAUACGCGCCAGCAUACUCUCUGUGAUGGCUUUGUUAUCUUUCGUUGGGAAUUUCGCGACGAUGAUAAGCGUACAAAGGGGAAAGCGGGGCCGAAGACGAACGAGGCCUUCUUGGACUGCAAUAUACAGCCUUAUAUUUCAACUAAGCAUAGCCGAUAUGUUAGUAACAGUAUUUUGUAUAGCGGGGGAAGCGGGGUGGUCGUUUUCAGUGCAGUGGUAUGCGGGGAAUGUAGGAUGCAAACUGUUUAAAUUCCUACAAAUGUUCUCGUUGUAUUUAAGCACUUUUAUUCUUGUUCUUAUCGGCGUUGAUAGAUGGUUAGCUGUCAAGUAUCCUAUGAAGAGUAUGGCUACUGCUACCCGAAGCACCAAAUUAGUUCUGAUUGCUUGGAUUUUGAGCUUCUUAUUUAGCUUACCACAAAUCGUGGUGUUCAGGGUAGCAAAAGGUCCAUUUCUUGAAGAGUUCUACCAGUGCGUGACCCAUGGUUUUUAUACGGAAAGGUGGCAGGAGCAGGCGUAUACUACACUGUCACUUAUUUUUAUGUUUCUUCUACCACUGUUAAUAUUACUCAGCACAUACGUGUCUACUGUAAGAACUAUUGCAAAAAGCGAAAAAGUAUUCCAACCGGAGACAAGACGAGAGAAAUAUAUAACUCCAGACAUGAAUAGACGAAGACUUAUCGAUAGAGCGAAAAUGAAGUCGCUACGAAUGUCUAUCGUUAUAGUAGCUGCAUUUGUGAUAUGGUGGACACCAUAUUAUAUUAUGAUGAUAAUUUUUACAUUCUCCAAUCCUAAUAAACGUUUAAGUGAGGAGCUUCUCUCAGGGAUAUUCUUCUUUGGAAUGUCCAAUAGCUUAGUGAAUCCAGUUAUUUAUGGAGCUUUUCACUUAUGGCCCAGAAAGCGCGCUCGAUAUAGUGAUAAGGAAUCGGGUGGACACCACGCAUCUUUAUUCCGCCGAGGUGACCUCACCUCAUCUGUCAGACUGACCACGAUCAGAUCGUUGAGAUCAUCAGCCAAAUAUACCAACGGACAAAACAAUAUGAGUGUUUUAUAACAAAAUAUAAAGCCAAAUUGGACUACGAUUUGUGAAGAACAAAGUAAUUUGUUUCGUAAAGGUUAAACACAGAACUUAUUUGCACGAAUCAUAAAAUGUUUCUUUUAUACGAAAAUCGAAUUCGUGUGGAGUCAGUAAGAGAAUGAAAACUCUAGUUGAUAAAUGUUGAAAAGUGCUCUAUCGUCUCGUUAAGCUAGUCAAUAUAUUAUAAAAUAGUUAUGAAAUUUUCUUAUUUUACGAAAUAAAUAUAAUGGGAUUAUUAAGAUUUCUAUCGUGCAAUCAGUACCUAGCUACCUACGUAGCUAAUUGUAUGGCUACCAUACCGUAUAAAUAUGUAGAAGAAUACAGAACUUUUUAAACAAAUUAAUUUAAAAAGUUCCUAUUUAAUUUGAAUAAAAGCGAAUCACUAUGAAUAGAUUUGAUAGUUUUUAAAUCUUGUAUUUUUACCCCGUUGUUGUAUUUUAUUUAAUUUUGACGUAAUAACUAAAAGUGUCGCACGGAAAACGUUGAUGCCGUAGCAAUAUUAAGAAGUAAAUGAAAAUGAAAAUUACCAUAACAAUGUGUAUGUCAUACAAACAUAUUUUUACGUGUGACGCAUAUUUGUUUCGGUACGUCUUAAUUCAAUUUUUAACUAUAUUGUAUCUUCAAAAGUUAUGUAAAUGUCGUAGCUCUUAAUACAAUGAAUAAUUCAACCAUUUCCUACUGUCGACCACAUCAUGAAUUAAUUUGGCCACAACAUAUAUAUGUAAAUAGAAUUAUUGAAUAUAAUUGUGAAAUGUCAACAUAGUAUCUUAAUGAUAUUUAUAGCAUGUUCAAUCUUUUGAAACAAAAUGCAAUAACUAUUUAUGUUUGACAUAAUUUCAUGCUAAUUAUUUCAACACUAGCGAGCAAACAUUUUCGUAUGUCAUUGUGAAACAAUAUUUUGAAGUAAACAGAACAAAAUGUAUAUUGAAUAUUAUACUUGUUGUAUUUUAAGAAAUGUAUAGUGUAAAAAAGUUAAAUAAAGUU